AUUUUUUCCUAUAUAAGGUGCUGGUGAAUGGUGAUAGAAAAAAGAGAGAGAGAAAAUGGCUACAAAACCAGGGCUCCUUACUGACUGGCCAUGGAAGCCUCUUGGAAGCUUUAAGUAUAUAGUGUUGGCUCCAUGGGUGCUGCACAGCCUCUACUCCCUUGCCACAAAAGGAAAAAAUGAGCUGGACUACACUUAUCUCCUCAUUCUCCCAUUUCUCCUCUCAAGAGCUCUCCACAACCAGAUAUGGAUUUCCAUCUCUCGUCACCGAAAUGCUAUAGGCAACAAUAAAAUCGUCGAUAGAGCAAUUGAAUUCGAACAAGUUGACAGAGAAAGCAACUGGGAUGAUCAGAUUCUGCUAAAUGGACUCCUCUUCUACAUUUUCUGCUCCAUUCUCCCAAUCGCCUCUUCCUUGCCAGCGUGGAGGGCUGACGGCGUCGUUAUAACGGCGCUGCUCCACGCCGGCCCGGUUGAGUACCUCUACUACUGGCUCCACAGAGCCCUGCACCAUCAUUAUCUCUACUCGAGAUAUCAUUCCCACCACCAUUCCUCCAUGGUCACUGAGCCAAUCACAUCUGUGAUACAUCCAUUUGCAGAGCACAUAGCUUAUUUUCUUCUGUUUGCGAUUCCGCUGCUUGGAACGGUGAUUACCGGAACGGCGUCGCUGUCGUCGCAGUUCGGAUACAUAACCUACAUUGAUUUCAUGAAUAACAUGGGGCAUUGCAACUUUGAAUUCAUCCCUAAAUGCCUGUUUUCUAUAUUCCCUCCUCUUAAAUACUUCAUGUAUACCCCCUCGUACCACUCGCUCCACCAUACUCAGUUCCGAACCAACUACUCGCUAUUCAUGCCGCUGUAUGACUGCAUCCACGGGACUACUGACAGGUCGUCUGACGCCCUGCACGCGAGCGCCCUUGAGAGGAGGCGGCCGGAGUCUCCUGACGUGGUCCACCUGACGCACCUCACCACGCCCGAGUCCAUCUUCCAUCUCCGGGUGGGAUUCGCGUCGUUUGCUUCGAGGCCUCAUGACUCGAGAUGGAGCACGUGGCGGAUGAUGUGGCCGGUGUCGUCGCUCGGCUUCUUCAUCUAUGGCAGCAGCACGUUUCUCGUGGAGACAAAUCUGUUAGGGAAACGCAAGCUGCAGACGUGGACCGUGCCACGUUACAGUGUGCAGUAUGGCCUAAAAUGGCGAACACAAGCUAUCAAUACCUUAAUCGAAGAAGCCAUACUCGAAGCUGAUGUACGAGGUUGCAAAGUUGUAACCUUAGGAUUGCUCAAUCAGAGUGAGGAACUGAACAGAAGUGGACAGCUAUUUAUAGAAAGGCACCCUAAACUGAAGACUAAAAUAGUUGAUGGAAGCAGUCUAGCAGUAGCCAUUGUCCUAAACAACAUUCCCAAAGGAACAACUCAAGUCCUAUUCAGAGGAGCUCUCUCCAAGCUUGCUUUUGCUAUUGUAUCCGCUUUGUCCCACCGCGCCAUUCAGAUUGCAACAUUGUAUGAAUCUGAGAAGCUUAAGCUAUCUUCAACAACUGAGGCUGAAGUUGUAAUCUCCAAAAGUUACACUCAGAAGGUAUGGAUAGUUGGAGAUAGAUUAUCCAAAGAUGAACAACUCAUGGCACCAAAGGGCACUCUCUUCAUUCCUUUCUCCCACUUCCCUCCCAAGAAGGCGCGUGGAGACGCCUUCUACUGCCACACGCCUUCCAUGAUCGCCCCUCCCUCCCUCCAUAACCUGCAUUCCUGUGAAAAUUGGCUGCCGAGAAGAGUCAUGAGUGCUGCCCGCGUCGCCGGAAUACUACACGCAGUCGAAGGGUGGGAUGUGCACGAGUGUGGUGAAUCCAUUUUCGACGUCGACAAAAUAUGGGAGGCUGCUAUUAAACAUGGAUUCCGCUCUACAACCAUUUCCAAAUAAUCCAUCAGUUUGGAUUUGUGCUAGUCUCAUCAACAAUGUGUACACAAGAUGGCAUUGCUAUGUAAUAAAUCCAUACAUUUCUUGUUUCUAAUAAGAUAACAAAAUUCAUCUAA